AUGGAAACUAAUGGCAGAAAAAUUCACAAAAAUGAAUCUUUUGAAGACAAACAAAGCGACUCUCAAUCGUGUAGUGAUGGCAGCGAUUCAGAAUCUAGACCUGACUUUAAGCCGGAAAAAGCAAUUUCUCCUCAAAGUCCAUCUCAAACUGAUUUACUCAAUCGUAUCGAUGGACUGCCUAUCAAACGACAAAAUAUUUUUGAUACGAAUAUCUCUUUUACAUUAAAUGGUUGUUCAUCAGCACCUUUCCCAUCACUGGCCAAUUCUCCUCUAUUUCUGAGCCCAAACCUAUUUAAACCAAUUAUAACAAACACCAUAACUCAAGGCCGACCACUAAAUCUAUCGGUAACUAAUUCUUCCCACGAAUCGGUUUCAUAUACUUCACAAAUCACACCAAACCAUUGUUCAUCGAUUUCAAACCAAUCAAAUUCAAAUAAUUUGAUUCAAAACAAUCAAAUUAUAAAAAACUCUAUUAAAAGACCAUCUCCUGGACUCAUGUGUGUUGUUUGUGGUGACACAUCCAGUGGCAAACAUUAUGGUAUACUCGCCUGCAAUGGUUGCAGUGGUUUCUUCAAGAGAAGUGUUCGCAGAAAACUUAUCUAUAGAUGUCAAGCGGGCACUGGUGGCUGUGUUAUAGACAAACAGCAUAGAAAUCAGUGUCAAUCGUGUAGACUUAAAAAAUGCUUAACAAUGGGUAUGAAUAAAGACGCUGUUCAAAAUGAACGACAACCCCGUAAUACAGCUACUAUAAGACCUGAGAGUCUGCUCAACGAUAGUGAAAGCGAACGUUUGUUAAGAGAUGGAGUGGCAGCCACUGUGGCCGCUGUUUUCGCCUCCGGCACCGGAAUGGGAGUUCGGUCUCUUCCCAACAAUCGGUGUCAUAAUAUUGGAUUUACCGCACAAAAUAAGUUAGCAUCUGAUGUAAGAAAUACUAUAAAUAAAAAUGAUGAUAACAUAGACGACAAUAAUAAAGAAAGAGCCCGGGUCAAUUCACAUUUUGAUUACAACAAUAGUGGCAAUUAUUAUGUGAACCUCAAUCCCGUCGGUUCACUAUCGGCUUUGAGCUACACAUCGGGUGCUGACCAGGCAUUCAAUGCUAUGGUUCAGUGCCAUUCAGAAUCCAUUUACGAGACAUCGGCGCGACUAUUAUUUAUGGCCGUCAAAUGGGCCAAAAAUCUGCCCUCUUUUGCCAAUUUAACAUUUAGAGAUCAGAUUAUUUUAUUGGAGGAGUCGUGGGCUGAGAUAUUUUUGUUGAGUGCCAUUCAAUGGUGUUUACCUUUAGAUAAGAAUCCCUUGUUUUCUGUGGCCAACAUUCCCGAUGGCGCCAAUCAUUCCUCUGAUAUCAGAGUAUUAAACGAUUCAUUGAAUAGAUACCGAGGAACUGCUGUAGAUGCGGCUGAAUUCGCCUGUUUGAAGGCAUUGGCUCUUUUUAAACCAGAGGCCAGAGGUCUAAAAGAUGUAUCGCGUAUUGAGCACAUGCAGGACCAGGGUCAGAUCAUGCUAUUACAACACAUCAAAACACAUCACCCAACCAACCCUACCAGAUUCGGGAAAUUAUUGUUAUCAUUGUUGUCGUUGCGAAUCAUUUCUGCCGAUAGAAUAGCAGACAUUUAUUUCCAAAGGACUAUAGGAAGCACUCCUAUGGAGAAGUUGUUAUGUGAUAUGUUUAAGUGUUGA